AUGUUAAUCUCACGAGGCUUGGCGCUCGCCCUUGCAGCCUUCCUAGGGACCAUAAAUCCCGCGCAGACGGAGAGCCUGGCUGAUAUCGACCAUGUCAUUUUAUUCAUGCAAGAGAAUCGUGCUUUCGAUCACUACUUUGGCACCAUGGCCGGAGUUCGAGGCUUUGCGGAUCCAAACGUUCAGGUCAACGACGGAGUCCCUGUGUGGAAGCAGAAAGUGACGACCCAGCAAAACAAGGACACUGAUUACAUCACCCCUUGGUAUCUUAACUACCUCGGAGGCACGUGGCCCGAAGCCACUCAGUGCAUGGGUGCUGGGUCUAACGGUUGGGAUGCUAAUCAGGCUGCUUUGAACCAUGGUGCCAAUGACCGUUGGGCUAUGAACAACACCCCGUACAGUAUUGGGUACUACACACGACAAGAUCUUCCCGUCCACUUCGCUCUAGCUGAGGAAUUCACCGUUGGCGACAUGUACCAAGAAUCUGUGAUCGCUUCAACCAACCCCAACAGAGUCAUGUGGAUCAGCGGAUCCAUCAAUGUCCCAGGUUCCCCUCAAACGAAAGAUGAAGGAGGUUAUCCCUACAUUGACAACAACGAGACCCCUGGCUGCGACAAAAACGGAAUCAACUGCUACCCUCUCAAGUGGACCACAGCUGCCGAGAAGUACGAGGCUGCUGGUGUGUCAUGGAGUGUGUACCAAGACGCUGACAACUUUGACGACAAUCCUUAUGCAUGGUUUGAGCAGUUCCAAGACUCCAAGAAAGGCUCCAAGCUGAACGAAAAAGGCAUGAAGGGAAAGUCUUUGGACACAUUCUUCACCCAGGCCGCCAGCGGAACCCUGCCUGAGGUCUCAUACAUCGUAGGACCAAUGCAACUAUCAGAACAUCCUCCUUACUCACCGCAUGACGGGUCGUGGCUGCAGAAGAAGGUUGCUGAAGCUGUAAUCAACUCGCCAAAGUACUCUAGGUCUGCGCUUAUCAUAUCCUAUGAUGAGACGGGUGGGUGGGCAGACCACGUUACACCUUAUCAUGCUCCCGAUGGGACAGCUGGUGAAUGGAUCGAUGAUCCCUAUGGUGAGGUUGGCCGAACCCCUACUGGUCCCGGCUUCCGCGUGCCAUUCUAUAUCAUCUCCCCAUUCACUCGCAAGGGAGGCGUUUAUACUGAGCAUUGUGACCAUACCUCUCAAAUAGCCUUCAUCGAGAAAUGGCAGGCUGCAAAGGGUCGGGAUGUCAAGUCAGAGGAGGUCGUCCCCUGGCGUCGUGAGAACAUGGCCGACCUAGUCAAUGCCUUUGACUUCAAGAACCCCGAUUACACUGUUCCCAAUCUCCCUGAUGCUCCCCAACCUCAUACCAAUAGCAAGGGAGAAUACGACGGCUCCUCCCAUUGCUCUUCUCAGUAUGGAAACGGCAGACCUGCUGUUCCUUAUACCGGAGAGGGGGCCAACAACGAUACCGCAAGUUUAGCGGAGAAAGGCUUCAAAUCUGUCCGUGGACUACUAACGGAGGGUCGUACCCUUGUGUUUGAAGCUGCAAGCCAGGCUUUGAGUGUCGCUACAAACGGUCAAACAGUUGUCUUGGGCAACGCCACAAAGUCGCAUGAUAAUAUCCAGCAAGGUUGGGUUCUUCAGGCCGUGGAGAUUGGUGGCAACGAGUUCACCAUCAGCUCUGCUAAGACCGGCUUGUAUAUGUGUCCCAAGUUGAAACUUUGCAAUGAUCAUAGCUCAGCUACUGUAUUCGUUGUCGACUUCCAGCCAAGCAAGGGGCACUCACUCAAAGAUAAAGAGUCUGGCCAGUAUCUUGCUGGCAGUACAAAGAAGCAACUAGACUGGCAGGAGGAGGAAAGCUUUUGGAAGACUUUUAGUGUUACUUACUAA